AUGGAUCGCGGUAGGGACAGUAAACGUAGAAAGGAAAGACAUGAUGAUACUGAUGAUUAUAGAAAAGAGAGGAGUUAUAAAAAGCGUCGUUCAAAAUCCCGAUCACCUAAUGAAAGAGGAGAUUCUAGACGUAAAAGGAGACAUUCCAGAUCAAAAUCGCCAAAUAUUCCAGCCAAACAAGAUAAACGGCGUGAUGACGCGCCAAAAGAUAUUGAAACUAAAUCAGAACUACCACCAAGAAAGGCAAAAGAAACUGAUAUGCUCAAUACAAGAACAGGUGGUGCAUAUAUUCCGCCAGCUCGACUUCGAAUGAUGCAGGCUCAAAUUACGGAUAAAUCUUCAGUUGCUUACCAGAGGCUCGCCUGGGAAGCUUUAAAAAAAUCUAUACACGGUCACAUCAAUAAGAUUAAUGUUGGUAAUAUUGGCAUUAUUAUCAAAGAGCUAUUAAAAGAGAAUAUAGUGCGAGGUCGUGGUUUGCUUUGCCGUUCUGUUGUUCAAGCUCAAGCUGCUUCACCAACAUUCACUAAUGUUUAUGCUGCUCUUGUGGCCGCAGUUAACUCACGCUUUCCUAAUAUAGGAGAACUACUGUUAAAAAGGUUAGUUAUACAGUUCAAAAGAGGGUUUAAGAGAAAUGAUAAGCCCAUUUGCAUUUCAUCUGCUUCCUUUAUAGCUCAUCUUGUUAAUCAAAGAGUAGCUCAUGAAAUUCUUGCCUUAGAACUGUUAACAUUGUUGGUUGAGACUCCUACAGAUGACUCUGUGGAGGUAGCUAUAGCAUUUUUGAAGGAAUGUGGGCAGAAACUAACGGAGGUAUCUUCAAAAGGUGUAAAUGCAAUAUUUGAAAUGUUGAGAAACAUUUUACAUGAAGGACAGUUAGAUAAAAGAGUACAAUAUAUGAUAGAGGUUAUGUUUCAAGUGUGGAAAGAUGGAUUCAAAGAUCAUCCAGCUGUUAUUGAGGAGUUGGAACUAGUACCUGAAGAGGAGCAGUUCACUCAUCUUUUGAUGUUGGAUGAUGCGACUGAUGCACAAGAUAUCCUGAAUGUAUUUAAAUUUGAUGACAAAUAUGAGGAAAAUGAACAGAAAUACAAAGGGCUAUGUAAAGAAAUUCUUGGGUCUGAUGCUGAAUCUGGAGAAGAGGACGGUUCUGGGGAAUCGGGUAGUGAAGAAUCUGAUGAGGAAGAGGAAGAGGAUAAAGAGAAAGCAGUCACUAUAAUAGAUAAUACAGAAACCAACCUUGUAGCUUUGAGGAGAACUAUUUACCUGACUAUCAAUUCAAGUUUGGAUUUUGAAGAAUGCGCACACAAACUAAUGAAAAUGCAAUUAAAGCCUGGACAGGAGAUAGAACUUUGCCACAUGUUUCUAGAUUGCUGUGCUGAACAGAGGACUUAUGAAAAGUUUUAUGGUCUUUUGGCUCAACGUUUCUGCAAUAUUAACAGGAUAUACAUUGGUCCAUUUGAAGAAAUAUUUAAAGACUCAUAUUCUACUGCGCACAGAUUAGACACUAAUCGUCUCAGAAAUGUAAGCAAGUUCUUUGCCCAUUUACUUUUCACUGAUUCAAUCAGUUGGGAAGCAUUAGAGUGUGUAAAAUUAAACGAAGAAGAUACUACAAGUUCAAGUAGGAUUUACAUCAAGAUUUUGUUUCAAGAAUUGGCAGAAUAUAUGGGGUUAAAAAAGCUAAAUGAUCGACUUAAAGAUCCCACUUUGCAGGAGGCUUUUUCUGGCAUCUUCCCUAGAGAUAAUCCUAAAAAUACAAGAUUUUCUAUAAACUUCUUUACCUCUAUUGGUCUGGGAGGACUUACUGAUGAGUUACGAGAACAUUUAAAACAAAUGCCUAAGAAUGUUCCUCCACAAAUAACGGAAAUUAAACUAGAUAGCGAGUCAGACUCCAGUUCCAGCUCAAGCUCAGACAGUUCAUCCUCUUCCUCUAGUGACUCCAGCUCAAGUGAUUCGGAGGAGGAAGGAAAGAAGAAAGAGAAGAAGAAAAAGAAAAAAUCUACACAAAAAACUCCUGAACCAGAGGUAGCAAACAAAGAAUCUGAUAAGAAUGAGCGUUGGGGUCACGAUGGAUUUUAUGAUACGUAUGGCAAAGACGCAAGAAGAAACGAUCCAAGGUCAGACAGGCGUGAUAAUGAUGACAACUUUAGGAAACCUCGUGAAGAUUUUCGAAAUGAUGACAGACGCAGAAAUAAUUACGAACAAAGAAAUGGAAAUGAGCGUUACGAUAGACAUGGAAGAGAAGAUCGUAGAGAAAGAGAACCAGAAAGAACAGGAAGAGAUCCAGAAAAUAAUAGAAGAGAUAGAAGGCGGUUCGAUGACGAUAAAAGUAACAGAGAAGAUGAGAGUUCAAGCAGAAAAAGAGACGAUAGAGAUCGAGUCAGGGAUGAACGAAACGAAAAAAGACAAGAACAAGAUGAACCAAAACGGCGCGAUGAACGUCAGUUGAAUGAAGAAUAUUCUAGACGAAAAAAUGAUAAAGAUGAUGAAAGGCGAAAUGCAAAAUAUGGAAAUGAUGACAGAAAAAAAAGUGACAACAGUAGAAACUUAGACGAAAGUCGCAAUGAAAGAGACUCGCAACGACAAAAUUACAGAGAUGAACGAAAUGAAAAAGAUCGUGAUAGAGAACGUAAAGGAGACAGUGAAUAUUCUAGAAGAAAACAAGACACAAAUACUGAUAGAUUGGAUUAUAGAUACGAAGAUGAUCGAAAAAAUAAAGUCAGUGGUGAAAAUUCUCAAAGAGGUCGAAAUGAUAAAGAGUUCAGAAAUGGUAAAGAUAGAUAUGAUGAGCAAAAUUCUCGAAAUAAACGUGACGAUAAUGAUUUCAAAAGAAAACAGGACAGGGAUGAUGAUUAUCGAAAUCGAAUGGGUCGUGAAAGAGACGAAGACAGGCCUAGAAGAGUUGAUGAAGAAAAACGUAACCAACGAAAUGAAAGAAAUAGAAAUAAUGAUAAAGAUAUUAACAACGAUGAUUCUAGAAAUCGCCACGUUAAGUCGAAGAGGGAUGAUGAAAAUAAACGUAAUAAUCGCAAUGACAAUGACAGAACUAAAUACCGACAACAAGACGAAAGUGAUGAUGAUUCGAGAAAUCGAAUAGCUAAAUCUAAAAAAGAAAAACAUAAUAAUGAGGUGCGCAAUCGUUAUAGAGACGAUAGCAACAAAAAAUCAAGCAGUAGCGACGAAGAAGAAUCUAAAAAUCGCCAACGUGACAAAGAUAAGAAGAAGGAUAUUAGCUCGAAAGAUUCAAAUAAUAAAAAACGUGACAAGGAGAAGCGGAAAAACAAUGAAAAUGUUAAACAAGAUUCUGAUUCCAAUAGCUCAGACGAGAAUGACAAGAAAAAAGAUAAAAAUGUUAGACAUAAACGUGAUAAAGAGAGACAAAAGGAGAAAGAAAAUAUGAAAGAUGAUGAUACAGAUUCUGAUCAUUCAGAUAAUGCACAAAGAGACUUAGGUGGACGUUAUUGGGAUAACUUCGAUAUAGAAAGCAAGAAAAACAUCAAAGAAAAGUUUGAGGGCAGAACACCGGAGAAAACAGAGAAGAACUAUGAAAGAAGACGGGAACGC